AUGCCUACAAUAGCUAGCUCAUCUUUAACAUAUGAAAUUCUUAUGUAUUUAAACUCUUUUUAUUUUGGUAUGUUUGCUAUAUGUGAAUUGGGUAUGGGCUUCUUCAAAGCUGCGAAUCUACCUUCUGGCACAAGUACUACAUUUACAGAGUUUAUACUCUUAUUCCUCCUUAUAAUCACAGAAGGAUCCAGAAUUUACUUUGGAAGGAAAGGGAAUUUGACGGAACAUGGAUUACCAAUUCUUAUUGGAGUUAUUUUAACAGUACCCAGCUCCUUAGCAACAUUAUAUUUUUUAUUCUGGCAAAAUUAUGUACUCAAAUUAGAAGUAAUUCUUUGCAGCAUACAAUUGGUACUUUUAGCAUCUGAAUUAAUUAUUUCUAUUUCGUGUCUUAUAGCCAUCUAUAAACCUUCAUCUCCAGAAGAAUGAACAAUCAUAUUAAUAUUCAAGAAUUCAAUUACAUCGCAUUGUAUAUUUCUGUAUAUUAAUAAAAGUGAAAAUCAA